GAGUCAGUGGUCGGUCCAGGACACGGGAGCCCAAGAGAGCACUGCGAUCCUCGACCUGGUCUAGGCCGCAAGUUCCUGAAUCCCGAUUCCCCGUGGGGGGCCUUUCACUCACCAUGGAUGAUCUAUCGCUCCCAGUCGAUAAGUUGGGGAACCGCGCGCGAAAGAUCAUCAGAUUCUCUCAACCCGAACUGGAGCCACCACGAUCACCCUUGGAGGCGAGAACGCCAUCAAGGCCCAACGGCCCCACCUUAUACCUCACGGUAAGGGGUGGCGGAACGUUUCGAUCUGGCAUCUGCAUUCGUAAUCACCACCAUCAGGUCACCAAACCCGCGAGCUCUCAGCUACAAUGCUGUAAGAGAUCCGCCGUUUCCGCGAUGGAGUCACUAAAUGAUCAUGUACCUACAGUACGACCAAUCCAACCACAGUUGGUCUUAGACAAUUGCCGGCCGGACAGUUGGCCAAGAAAGACCUUCUCAUCGUUCCAUUACCUACCUUGUCCCAUCCUGGUCAUAUCGCAACAGCCGAAACCAUAUCGACGACACCUUCGUAUCGUCAAUCGGCCUGUCAUCCUGAUCUGACGACUAACACCUGGACCUGGCCGACUUCAGCCACCCGAAAGUACGCGGGUCCACAAGUCAUUGACGACGGACUGGUCCGGCCGGACAAACGCCCCUGGUAGGAAGCCUAGUGGCGCGCCUCCUGUACAUGGCUCAGUGACCACAAAUACCAUAGCACCCUAGUCGCCAGGCCCAUCUUCCGAAGCUCCGUCACGUCACACGUACCCACGAUUCUCUUGACGGGCCUCGACCUCUGCUCUCUAGCAGCUUAGAUUCCGGCCACAACACACGCAUAUCCCCUCCCGAGCUAAGCUCCGACGAUGGUCCCUACUGACAAGGGCCGGGGGUCUUUUCCGCGAUCUCGUCGCCAUCUUUCGCCGGGGAACACCAUCUGCCCAUCCGUUCUAUCCCACUACACCACAAUGGGCGUGGAACCCCCUCCUUCACCUCGAUUCGCUUGUACCCGGCAAGCUUGAUACAACCCUUCUUUCCGCCUCUGCAGGGCUAUAGCUCAUCAUGGCCUGCGGGAACCAUCCGCGGCGAGACAAUCGAUCCAUCGGUGUGCCACGCUCCACAGGCCCUGAAUAUCCCAACUUCUUUAAAUAGAGGGCCCUCAGCAUGGAUUCCUGCUUCACCCUCCGUUGAGGGCCUAGUAACCUCAAUCGCCUUCUUGAACUCUGCCUCAGACCGGUGGCAAGUCGUGCGCUUGAAAACCAGUCCCGGGUUAUCAGGCUAAGGCCAUCGUCAUCAACAUGACGAUCUCUUCGGCUUUCACUUCCCCCACAAGCGAACGAGAGCCCAUUGGAGGACCUCUGGCAUGGCGCCAGGACAGCUUUUCUGAUCCAUCGGUCUACACUAUUGAUCUAGCGAAAGACAGGCUUCAUAUUGACAACGCUCUUGAGUUCUUACUCGACUUAGGUCUCGACCCUGAGGAGAUCGACCAUACCCAAUUCCCUUUGCCUUCGAGCGUUGUCGACAAGCUUCAGCAAUGUGCGCAUACCAUCCAUGAGGGUGUUGGCUUCUGUGUGCUUCGCGGCGCCACUUCAUGCUACUCUGUCGAGGAUAGUGUAACUGUCUUUUUAGGCAUUGCGUCCUACAUAGGCGACCAAAGAGGCCUUCAGAAUAAGCAGGGACACAUGCUGUCGCACAUUACCGAAUCAAAGGGAUGGGAGAUUCCUCGCAAUGAGAGGCAUGGAAUACACUCAAACGCAUCAUUGCCGUUUCACACAGACAUGGGAACAGACAUUGUCGCUCUUCAUGUUCGCGGCUGCUCUGCUGAAGGAGGCAAUACAUAUGUCUCUUCAGCGUCAUCGGUCUUCAACGAUCUUCUUUCCCGCCCAGGCGUUCUUCAGACCCUGCUGGAACCCAAUUGGCCGAUCCAAAUUUCCAAAAGACAGGCCCGAACUACCUGCGUGGUCAGAUCAUUAUUGGAACCAGAAUGGCCUGCAGCUCCCUGUCGAUACAUUCAGGCGCCUCUCUUAACGUUCCAUCAGGGGAGGCUACUGGUCAGCGUUGACCCAGCUCGGCUAGGACCCCAGUCCUCGCCCCGUGGCUCAGAUAAGGCGCCAGUCCCAGAUCUGAGCAUCGAUCAGAGGGUAGCACUCGAGGCCUUGAAAGCAGCCUGUCACAGAAAUCGAGUCCGCAUUGAAGCUCGGCCUGGAGAUAUCAUCCUCUUCAAUAACUGGGCGCUCUUGCACAGUCGGGAUGCAUACUUAGACACUGAAUCACACACACGUCACCUUGUCAGACUGUGGCUGCGGAAUUCCAAAUUGGGCUGGUCCAUCCCUACGAGUAUGUCUGUUCCUUGGCAAUAUGCCUACGGCGAUGACCCAGUUGACCGAAUCUUCCCCGUGGUACCCACGGACGUAUACCCUACACUAAAGUAUACCGCCGGUUCCGCUGCAUUUGUCCUUGAGGAUAGUGAUGAGGAAUGAAGGGUGCUUCUUGCUUUAGCUAGUCUACUUUUCCUCUCUCUCUUUGUUGUCUGGCUCGCAGUCAUUCUUUCCUCAAUGCAACGACGAGGCUUUUCCCCCAGUAUACCAACAGGAACAAAAUGAUUAGCUUAGUAGCAUGCACAUAUGGCGAAGGGGACUUGAGCAAAUACAAUCGCGCUGAUAAGUAGUUUUGUGGAAUUGUACCUUCUUGCAAUUGGCGCAUUGCUGCACAUAGAAAUGCUGUCAGAACCUUGGGCUCCGUCUCAGCAGAUGAAUGAUCUCGCCACAUGCCAUUUUGGGCGCCUGUCUGCAUCUAUAUCCAGACCAUGACAGGCGGGACGGCCCUCCCUUCAGGCAGCUUUAGGGCCUGUCAUACCCGAGAUCUGACAGUUACAAUGAAGCGAGAUGCUAACGUCAAGUGCAUAUAGCAGGCUUGGAGACGGCACCCGUAAUUGUGCCAAGGUUGUCAUGUUCCACGAAACCCUGCCUGGAAGGUCUCUCAACAAUGACCAUCAAAUAACAUCAAAGGAAAAUGAGCCCGCCUGAAGCCAAAGAAGUAUAUUCUCGGACCUUUCCUGACCACUGACUGCCGAAAAUGAGCUCAGAGUACUCACCGAUUGGUGGGCUUGGCACAGAAUGGGUGUGGACUGUGGGCGACGUGAUGAUGUGCAUCCCCUGCCUGCUGAAGAAACCCACACCCUCCAUCCCCUCCAUACAUUC